GUAAAGAGGUUUUAUACUCUCUUUAGUGUUCGCGCUUGGCAUCACAGGAUAAUUUAAUGUAGUGUGAUUAGGAUAGUAGGAAGGAGAAAUAGGGGGUAUAAUAUAAGAAUUGCAUCGUUUCAUCUACACGGUGCACGCUUUCGAUCACAACCAGUGCACAGGAGAUCGAUCAGUCACGAGUCAGGCGUACUUCCGAACGUUUAUCGGUAGUAUCAAAUGCUUUCUAAGAUCGAACAGGUUGAUAAACUCAUCGAUCAAAUAUUCUCCCGUCAGCAUACGAUCAAGGAACCUAUACUUUUGUAUAUACUUCUUUUUCUUACAUCUUCAGUUCUUGGUGUAUGCUAGAAAAAACAUUUUUGGUGUGUUAAUAGUGUUACUUAUUUUUCCUGUGAAUGUUGUUUUUUUUUUCUCUUUGUGUGUGUGUGUGUUCUUUAAGUAUACGUACAACAUAUAUAUCGUUGAUUGUUUCCUUGUUUUCUUUCUUAAAAAAAAAAUUAUUUAGCGAAAAAUACGCAUCGUUACUUAUUGGUCGCCAAGCAAUGUUAAACAAAUUCUGGAAUUAUGAAGUAUUACGAAAGUAUUUUAACACAAAAACCGAGCCACCUCACGUCCAAUUGUUUUCUCAACCAAAAUGUCAAAUCCACGUGGCCAGCUGGUAUUUAUUAUAUCGUUGGUUGAUCUUCCUUGCCUGGAUCAGUAUUAUCUUCUGUUCGUUAUUUGAAUUUGGAAGUUACAAGCCUCAAUACAACUGGGAGAAAUGGCCGAUAUAUUUGACCAACUGGGACUUGGCGUUGGGACUGACUCAAUCAUUCUUAGGAGCUUUAAUAGUUUCCAAAAGAUGGAAACUACAAAAGGAUCCAGCUUAUAACAUUAGUGAUAUGAAAUUGACCAUGUUGGAAAAAUCCUAUUGGGUUUUUUAUACGGUGACAUCUAGUUUAGCCGUUGGUGUGACUGUUACUUAUUGGACUGCAGUGUACAACCCUAAAAUUAAUUACAUAGACCCAUUGAAUAUAAUGUUACACGUUUGUAACAGUAUUUUAAUGCUCAUAGAUUUGUCGAUCACGAGUGUUCCGAUAUAUAUAAAAAAUGUGUGGUGGUGCCUUAUCGUGGUAUUAUUUUACAUAAUAUUUUCAAUAAUAUAUUACGCGGCAGGUGGUCUUGAUAAAAAUGGCUAUCAUUAUAUUUACAAAAUUCUUAAUUGGGAAAAACCUAUCCAAACUUUACUGAUAUGCGCGGGAUGUAUGACAUUUAUCGUAUUAUUGCAUUUUCUCCUAUGCUUAUUCGAUAAACUCAGAGACUGCUUGUACUUUAGAAUAACGAAGAAAACUUAUAAUGUUCCUUCCAUUAAAACCGAUUACAAUGUUACAAAAAAAGAGGCCGAAAUUGUUUGAUCAGUGAGAUACUUUGAAUAAGUUUUUUCGGUAGAUUAACAUUUAUAUACAUACAUUUUUGAAAAUUGUUCAAAAGCAUUCCCGCUAUUCGGUUCAUUCCAAUGUUCGUCCAAUAUACGAAUUGUAAAUGAAACAAAAUUAUAGUACAUUAUGCAUUUA